UUAUGGUAACAGCAAUCACCAUCAUGACUUCUAAGGAGCUCCCAUAGGAAGAAGCAGGAUUUUCAAUAAGCAGGACUUCCAGCACCUUCAACUGCCACACAAGUGCCACUGGUUGCCUUUCCCAAUCUGAGUGUGCAGCUGCCAUCCCCAGUAAACCAUCCAGGCUGGGAACUGCAGAAGUGUCACAUUUCAGCCACAUCCCAUCUGUAGCCACCCGCAAUGAACCACAGUGCAGUGAGUGCUCAUUCAGAAGAAAACAUACCCCCUUUCUCCAGCCCCUCCUUCUGCUCGCCUUGUCCUUGAGCACUCUUCAUUCCCAGCUCCUAUCUGUGGCACGCUCCUAUAAUCAGGUGCUGUCCUUCAUGCCUGCUAUAAAGGCAAAAGGAGAUGCUGUGCGUGCAUGCAGGCUGGCAGCCCCAACCCGUGACAUGCUGCAGGCCAUCAUCAAGCUGUGCUGCGGCAUUGCCCAUGACCACCUCCGCAAGUUGCCCGGCCUGAAGACAGCAGCCACUGCGGUGAUGCAGGAGUUGACAGGCUCCCACUGCCUACAUUCUGAAGUUCCUCCUUGUAUCCAGAGACUCAUGGGGAAGGAUGCUGCCAGGUGCGCAGAGCCCACAGCAGACACGCAGCCCUCCAGCACGGACCUGUCCUACAUCCACCAGGGAGAAAAGGCCCUGCAGCGAGCGCUGGGCAUCCUGCAGCAGCCACACUGCUGGCAGCCGGAGGCCGUGCCGGUAACUGACCCGACCCCAUGCACACCACAAACCCCACCCCGAGGCGCGGGGUGCAGCCCUGAUGUGGGUGCUGUGCCUGCAGAACGCGGGGGCUGCAAUGUCCAGCACUGCACUGCCGGGGCUGGGCCGCGUCUUUCGGGCCGAGGCGGUGCUGGCGGUGCCGGUGGGCCGGCUGCAGGGUGAGCUGUUUGAGCGGCUGGAGGAGAUGCCCCGCUGGAACCCCAGCCUCAGCCGCGUGGAGGUGCUCUGCCGCCCGGGUGAGGACACGCUGGUGACACACGAGGUGACAGCUGCCAGCCCAGUGGGACGCAGGGACUUCGUCAGCACGCGGCACCGCAGCAGGACACGGGCAGCCAUCUACCUGGUGGGCACCACUGCCCACCUCGAGCGGCCACCCGCACCACAGGGCUGUGUCAGGGCCGAGACGCGGCUGAGCUGUAUCGUGCUGCAGCCGCUGCCAGGCAACCCGAGCUGCACACGUGUCACGUGGCUGCUCAGCAUGGACCUGAAGGGCUGGAUCCCCACCUCGGUCACCAAUCGCGUCCUGCCGCAGUGUCAGGCCAAGUUCAUCGGGCACCUCCGCCAGCACCUCUCCUCCACUGCCUGUCUCUGACCCCAGCACACUGUUAUUCAUUUGUGGAGAGGUAGCUUUACAUUUCUGUGUGUAUAUAUAUGUGUGCAUAUGGAUAGGAUUUCCCAUCCUGUGCAACCACAGAACCGAGGCAGGUAUCACUGCAAAGCACAGACAGAAACCCAUCUUUCCUCUUAUAGCUCCUUCUGGAGCCAUGAAGCAUGACUGCAGCCACUUUGGGGGGCUUGGAGCCUAUAUAUCCCAGUGGCUUUGCUUAUUUAUUGGAAAGAUGAAGCCGCUUGCAAAAGCCAUGUGAAACCCCGGCUGAUAAAUAGGAGCUAAAUAAAACACAGAAGUGGCAGCUUACUAUGGAAGAUCCAUUUCAAUCACACACUGGUCAUGUGCUCCCAUACUAUACUAUUCCCACACUCUAAAUAAAUCAACAGAAAUAGACAGUGAU